AAAUAUAUUUUUGUAGUAAAUGUAGAAAUAAUAAAAACAAAACAAACAGUGCAGUACAAUGCAAAGUGCGCGAGUGCUAGAUCAAGAAGAACUGCUUUAAGUGUGCAAAAAUAUGUGACAUAAAUUACAGGCCCGAAAUUAGUUGAAACAAAAUCUGUUAAACAUUUGCCAUGUGCCGUAAAUUAACGUGAAUACAUUGUUGUUACUCGAAAGGAACUGCGCAGCAAAAUAUGCUAGAAAAACGUAUGAAAAGAGCUACAGUAGCGGCCAUAAGAGUAAGCAGCAUGCUGCAAUAAUAAUUUAAAUAAAAACAGCAAUAACAGCGGCAGCAACAAGAGGAAAAGCCAACAGCCAGAGAAUGCACUAGCCCCGGCCGACGAGUGGACCCUGCUGAUCCCCCAACUGACUCGGAGGAGCUCCUCUCCUGCUCCUCUGGCUCCUCUGGCUCCUAUCUUCCCUCUUCCUUAGAGCCACGCAGAAGAAGCACCCGAAAGGCAACAUGAAUAUUGGCGUGGCACCAACGAAAUGGGAUAAAUUGUCGCCGCGCGAGUUCCUGCAGCUGCAGGAGUUGGCCUCAUAUUCCACACGCAAGCUGCAGGAUGUGCUCCGGGAGUUUUGCUCGCCCAGUGCCCCCUCGGCCACGCCCAAGUGCAUACCUGAUGGGGACAUCGAUUUCGAUGGGUUCAAGCGCUUCCUGGACGCAUUCCUCGACUGCGAGGCGCCGCUGGACCUGGCCAAGCAUUUGUUUGUUUCCUUCCUCAAGCCGACUGUCACCCAGGCCCAGCUGCACGGGAAGGCCCUCAAUCAAAUGGCCGCCAUCAGCAGUACGGCUGCCUGUGCACCCGUCACGUCCCAUACGAAGGGCUCCAUUCCGAACAUCAAUAGCAUUGCGGAUCUGAUGCCGCAGUGCAGUGCAGGCGGGAGUGGAGGCGGGGGCGGAGGUGAGGUCCAGACCCAGGCACGCAUCAGCUUCGUGGAUAAAAUCCAUGGCAUCACCGACAAACUACAGCACUCGCUGGGCGGACAUCUCUCGCACGAUCCCAGCAAGACGGGCAGCGUUCAUCCGAUUCUGACGGUGACGCCCAGUCCUCUGGCCAGCGGUCCCAGCAUGUUCCAGGCGAGCAAUCCGUCCCGCCGCUCCGUGGACUCGAGCCCCUCGCACUCCCAGACGAACCACUCGCAAAUGUCGCGCAAUUCCUCGAAGAAGAGCAGCAAUUCCGUUAAUUGCAAAAUUGAUACGGACAUAAAGCUCUUGGCGCGGAAACUUUCCCAUUUUGAUCCACUGACACUUAAGGUUGCGCUCAAGGAUGUCGUCUGCUAUUUAUCACUGCUCGAAGCUGGGCGGCCGGAGGACAAGCUGGAAUUCAUGUUCCGGCUGUACGAUACGGACAGCAAUGGAGUCCUGGACACCGCCGAAAUGGACGCCAUUGUCAAUCAGAUGAUGGCCGUGGCCGAAUACCUCGGCUGGGAUGUCAGCGAGCUGCGGCCGAUACUGCAAGAUAUGAUGGUUGAAAUUGACUACGACGCCGAUGGCACCGUUUCCCUGGAUGAGUGGCAGCGCGGUGGCAUGACGACCAUUCCACUCCUCGUGCUCUUAGGUGUCGACAGCACCACACUCAAGGAGGACGGCAUUCACGUGUGGCGCUUGAAGCACUUCAGCAAGCCGGCAUACUGCAACCUGUGCCUCAACAUGCUGGUGGGCCUGGGGAAGAAGGGUCUCUGCUGUGUGUUGUGCAAAUACACGGUCCACGAGCGAUGCGUGCAGCAUGCCCCAGCUUCCUGCAUCAACACAUACGUGAAGUCGAAAAAGCCUAAGUGCGGCGGGGACCUGCUGCACCACUGGGUGGAGGGAAACUGCUACGGACGCUGCUCGAAGUGCCGCAAGCGCAUUAAGGCCUACCACGGGAUCACAGGCCUCACCUGCCGCUGGUGCCACAUGAUGCUCCACAACCGCUGCGCCUCGUCGGUGAAGAAGGAAUGCACACUGGGGGAGAACGCGGAGCUGGUUGUACCGCCCACGGCCAUCUGCCCGGCCGUCCUGGAUCGUCAGCGCUCCGUCAAUCAGGCGCACAAGAAAUCACAAAUGCAUCACCACCAGGCCACGCAUUUUCAAAUUACGCCGCCGGACGAGCUGAGUUGCCCCCUCCUGGUGUUCGUCAAUCCCAAGAGCGGCGGCCGGCAGGGAGAUCGCAUCCUGCGGAAAUUCCAGUACAUGCUCAACCCCCGCCAGGUGUACGACCUGUCCAAGGGUGGACCCAAAGAGGGCCUCACGCUCUUCAAGGAUCUGCCCAACUUCAAAGUCAUCUGCUGCGGCGGCGAUGGCACCGUGGGCUGGGUGCUCGAGGCCAUGGAUUCCAUCGAGCUGGCCACUCAACCUGCCAUCGGCGUCAUUCCGUUGGGAACGGGCAACGACCUGGCCCGCUGCCUGCGCUGGGGCGGCGGCUACGAGGGCGAGAACAUCCCCAAGCUGAUGGAUAAGAUCAAGCGUGCCACCACCGUGAUGCUGGAUCGCUGGAGCAUCGAAGUGACCAACACACCGGCAACGGACGAGCUCCGACCCAAGGUGACGUUGCACUCGAACAUGCAGAAGGUGAUUGAGCUAUCGCAAAGUGUUGUGGUUGACAAAUCGCUGAUCGAACGCUUCGAGGAGAUUCAGGAGAUUGAGCGCCAGAGCAGCAGCAGCAGCACCGGCAACAUCGUUGGCAAGCAGCCAACGGCGUCCACGUCUGCCACAUCGAUUAUGAUGGCAACAGCCACCGAGUUCCGGCUGGAGGAGGAGGAGCAGAAGUACCAUCAGCAGCAGCGGCAGCAGGAUGGAGGUGGAGACAGCACCACCACCACAAUGAGAACGACAACCACCAAGAGCAUUUCAAUGUCCACGUUCGAAUCGAAGAGCAUGAGGACAACAUUGAGGGGCACGCUGAGCAGCAGGAGCAGCAGUAGCAACACCAGCAGCGGUGGAAAUGUACAGCCACAGCCAUCCAUGGAAGGGGAGCCGGAUGCUGAGGGGGAUGCGGAUGGCGCGGUGGUGCCGGGUGCUGGAGAUGCAGCUGGAGAUGAAGCGGAAACCCUGCAAAUACCAGCCAGAAGGACAGAUGAAACAGAAAAGCAAUCACUCGAGACGCUGCUGCUGCAACACAAGCAGCAACAGCAGAAGCAGCAGCAACAACUUCAACAGGAAUUGGCAUCGGAUGCUGGAGAGGAAGUAGCAACAGCAGCAACAUCAUUUGGGAAUAAUCAAAGCGAUAAUAACAGUCAGCGCAAUAAGCAAAACAACAUCCUUAAACAGCAAAUUACAUUGUCAUUGGAUUUGUCGGACCAUGACGACGACAACGAAGAGGAGGAGGACGGCAACUGCAACAGCAACAGCAACAGCAACAGCAAUGGCAAUGGCAGAGUGGCCCAGAACCCCAGCACACCGCAAACACCCAUCACACCCAUCACGCCGACAACACCGAAUGCCCCAUGCAGCAUGCCCCAGAAGCCCAUCAAAGUUCAGUCUGACAAGGACUGCACAGUGCCGUAUAAUAUUAUCAACAAUUAUUUCUCCGUCGGCGUGGAUGCCGCCAUCUGCGUCAAGUUUCACUUGGAGAGGGAGAAGAAUCCGCACAAAUUCAACAGCCGGAUGAAGAACAAACUUUGGUACUUCGAAUAUGCAACGUCUGAGACGUUUGCAGCAUCCUGCAAGAAUCUCCACGAGAGCAUCGAGAUUGUGUGCGACGGUGUGGCCUUGGACCUUGCCAACGGGCCCCAUCUGCAGGGAGUGGCCUUGCUCAACAUCCCCUACACCCACGGUGGCUCCAACCUGUGGGGUGAGCACCUGUCCCAGAAACGGAUGCGCAAGAGCGCUGGACCCUUUGGCAAAAGCAAGAAGCUCAAGUCCAGCGACAAGGAGUUCUCGGCCACCAGUUUCAACUCCGUGGAUCUUUCGGUGGCUAUACAGGAUAUCGGUGAUCGCCUGAUCGAAGUUAUUGGCCUCGAGAACUGUCUGCACAUGGGCCAGGUGCGGACGGGUCUGCGCGCCUCCGGUCGCCGUCUGGCGCAGUGCAGUGAGGUCAUAAUCAAGACCAAAAAGACCUUUCCCAUGCAGAUCGACGGCGAGCCCUGGAUGCAGAUGCCCUGCACGAUUAAGGUGACCCACAAGAACCAGGUGCCCAUGCUAAUGGCCGCCAGAUCGGAGAAAGGACGCGGCUUCUUCAAUAUGCUGUGCAGCUGAUUCAGGCGCAGCGCAUCGACCGACUUCAUGGGCCGACAGGCCGCAGAGUCAGCCGAUGAGCUGGAUGACGAUGACAUUCGGAUCGUGACUAGGAGCACCACCGUCCAUAACAUAGCCUAGCGUACAUAGCUUUAGCCCCAGAUAGCAACGGCUCGUCUCGAUUACUUACUGGUUUACUUAAAAUUCUUUCUUUCGAUAUACAGACAUAUAGAUGUGCUUAUGAUGUAUUUUUUUUAUAUGUCGAGUGAGUUGCAGAGCUUUACUACUAGUCUUAGUGUAGCCAAAUAUACAAAACCAGUCGAAUCCAUUCCACUCCGAUGGGAUCCGUGUAAAUACCAGGCGGGGAUCGGAAGCACCCCAAACAUACAUAUACGCGUCAGUGUUAACCAUGUGAAGGCUUUAGGUGUAUGUAUAUUGCAUACAUAUACACAUAUAUUUAUUACACCAUAUUUUAAGACCACUUUAAAAAACGAUUACGAAAACUUGUCCAAUAACGCAACUGAAAUGAGACCAACCAACAACAAAACCAGAACAAACUACAUGUAGAUCAAAGAGAAACAACAAGAAACAGCAUUGUAGUGCGAAUUUUAUGCCUAGAAUAGGGAGAUACAGAUACUCGUGUAUUGUAUGAGUGUAGCUAGAAUUAAGUAAUUUAUUCCGUCAUCAUUAGAGGACUGCCCCUGCAGUGGUGCGUGUUGGAUCGGACUACGAUCCGCAAAUGAAACAUAUCAUGGUCUCUCGCGUAUUUCCGCAACCACCACUGAUGGGCGAAUUUCUGAAUUUUACUUUAUCUUGUUUAUUGUACAUAGAACUAUUUUAAAGAAAUGUAAUUUGAUAUACAAAUAUCAACUAAAUGGUGAAGCUUUAAAUGAAUUUUUAUAUAAGAGUACAUAUAUUGAGAUGAGAACAAAGAACAGAUGAUAUAUAAUACUUCAAAUAUGUCAAAUAUUUCAUAUAAUCGUAUAUACAUACAUAUAUGCUAAUGCUUAUUACAACAAUACUCGUAGAUUAGUCAGAAAUACGCCAACAACAUCCACCCAAUAUUAUACACCCAAUAAAUUCAGAACAAAAAACAUUCCAAGUAUACAUACACAGUUAUCCAAGAAAUAUAUACUGUAUAUAUAGUAAAGGUAUAUGUUUAGAUCUUAAAAGUACCCAGCAGUAAAUAUUGCAAACGAGCCAGAUAAGCCUCUAAAAUCCGUUGGAUACCCAUUAAAAACUGCAAGAUUAUGUUGUAAGAAAUUUAGAUGCGACACGAAAUAGAUCAUCUAUGUAUAUUCCAUAGAUUUUGGGGAUUAUGGGGAUCUAUAUAAGGCAAUCGACGAGAGAGGAUCAUCACUCCAAUAGGCCUUAAAAAUGUAUGCAACAUAAAAAUACCUUAGGAUAUAAAAUGCUUAGGAAUAUAAUUAAUAUUUCCGUUGCCCUCUUUCAGCUGACUCCAUCAAAAAGUCCUCAAUCUGAGAUGCGUUCAGAGCGGUAAGAAAACGAUUGGUUCAAGAAAAACAUUUUCAAAGGCAGUUCUUCCACUCGAAAGGUUUUGAUGCCAGUGUCAAGUCCUCUCUCCCGAAACACGGCCACAGCAUAGCUGCUAACUACUCGUAUCUUAGAAUCU